UUUGCGUUCGUUGGAAUUAUUUUAUUUUUUAACACUGGCAACUCUGAUAUCGGCGAACGCCAUGUUUGUUUCUUUUCCGUCAUUCCUUUGCCGCGGAGAGAUUUUUUUAAGGUUAUUUCUUAUUCUUAUCUUGGCGUCUGUUUUGAUUCUCAAAGAAAUUCAUCUUGUUUUUAUGAAGACGCGCUCUCUGGUUAAGCAUUGUAGACUCAACUUGGUUAAUACGUGAUUGCAGAUAGCGUCGUGCGGCUAUAGUUGAUAUUAUAAUCGGCGAAUAUAUUUACCGAUUGACGGCGUUGUUUUUAUGAAAAUGGGCAAGAAAGUAAGAGAAUACAAGUCUGGCGACUUUAUAUUCGCCAAAGUCAAAGGAUACCCAGCAUGGCCGGCUCGAGUACAAAAACAGAAUGGCAAGAAGUAUUUCGUAUACUUCUAUGGCACCGGGGAGACUGCCAACCUGCCUCCGAACAUGAUAUUCGACUACGCUGAAAACAAGGACAAGUUCCUGAACAAGUCGGUGAAGCGCAAGGACUUCAAUGACGGUGUGAAGCAGAUUGAACAUGACUUCACUAAUAAUGUUCCUUUGGAGCAGGUCAUUGGAGCUUUGGCGGAGGCAGAACCAGCGCCGGCUGACGACUCCAUGAAUGAGACCGCCAACAACACCGCAGACUCCGCCAUCGACACCACGGCCGCCGACGAGACCAUGGACGAGGUAACAUCUGCUUUACACUGCCCAGUGGAUCACUUCACGCCUGGAUCACUUCACGCCGUCGGCAGACCAGCGCCGGCUGACGACUCCAUGAACGAGACCGCCAACGACACCGCAGACUCCGCCAUCGACACCACGGCCGCCGACGAGACCAUGGACGAGGUAACAUCUGCUUUACACUGCCCAGUGGAUCACUUCACGCCUGGAUCACUUCACGCCGUCGGCAGACCAGCGCCGGCUGACGACUCCAUGAACGAGACCGCCAACGACACCGCAGACUCCGCCAUCGACACCACGGCCGCCGACGAGACCAUGGACGAGGUAACAUCUGCUUUACACUGCCCAGUGGAUCACUUCACGCCUGGAUCACUUCACGCCGUCGGCAGACCAGCGCCGGCUGACGACUCCAUGAACGAGACCGCCAACGACACCGCAGACUCCGCCAUCGACACCACGGCCGCCGACGAGACCAUGGACGAGAGUGCGAUCGACGGCCCCGUAGAGGACUCGGACGAUGCGGGGGCUUUGGUCAUUGACGAGGGAAAGCAGAAAGGCCGAAAGUCCUCCGUGAAGCCAGCGGCGACCCCCAAAGCUAAAGAACCCAAGACCCCGCGCGGCCGCGCCAAGAAAGACGACAAGGAGGAUGAGGAGGAAAAGAAAGACGAGGAGAUUGUCAGUAGGAGCGGCAGAAAGAUCAAACCGGGGAAGAGAUACAUAGACGAGCAGACAGAUGACGCCACUCUGCCGUCGCCGGCGCCCAAGAAGCGCCGCGGGGCGUCGCCUGUCGCUGAAAAAGAUAAGGAAGUCAAGGAAAAACCGCAGGACAGGAACAUUAAGGCGUACAACACCGUACAACAGUCGGAACUUCGAGAACUGAAGGAACCCUUCAAAAGUGCGGACCCCGAGAAGGAAAAUAUCUUGAUCGCAUACCUACCCUCCGGGCAGUACUGUGGAGUGAAACUGUUCCAGUCCCGGCCGGCUAGUUUCAAGAGCGAAGCCUCCAGACUACAGUGGGACAAGCAAGCCGCUUCCAACGCCAUCACACUCAAGAAACAGCUGGAGAAGGGUCAAAUCACACCACAGUCGAUAUCUGCGCAACUGGUCAUGGACCUGAACCUGACCGACGACGAGCGGCAAGCUCUCGACAGGGACAGAGAUCUGGAGGUGAAGAAGUCCCGGCUGCACUUCCUGAAGACCGAGAUGAAACUGAUCGAGCUAGACGCCAAGAUCAAGACCUGCCUCAGCCUGGAGAAGGCCGACACCGAACUCUGUCUCAAGCUCAUUGAUGAAAUCCUUGAGCUGGACCUAGCCGCCCUGAUGCUGCUCAAGCACCCGACCUGCAUGGAGACGGUCAAGCGCAUGCGCGUGUACGUCGGCAACGCGCCCUCCUGGGAGAUGAGCGAGGCCGAAGCCCUCACCUUCAGCAAGCAGGCGCACCGCAUCCGCAACAAGGCCGACGCACUCUUCAUCACCAUGAGAGACUUGUUUCACGUGCCUGAGGGCGUGUCGUUCUGGGAGCUAUUCAACGAGCGCGUGGCGCAAUUCAAGGCGGCCACCGAAAACCUGCACGCGGACAAACUGCUAGAAAUGGUGCACGAGCCUAUCGAGCUGUCCCAGCCCAUCGCUCACACCAUGAAGGCGGCGGUGGACGCGGCCAACGACCAGGAGGCCGAGUCAGACGACGCUGACAAGAAGAAGAAACCCACUCCAGCUAAAGGCAAAAAGCCUAACAGCACUCCAUUGAAACAACCCCUCAAGCGCGGCCGAAAACCGGCACAAGAAGAGAAAGAGAAGGAAAAACAAGAGAAUAACGCAGAAGAGACAGACACCAACAAACCUAAUGAAAACGACAAAGGUGACUCGGAGGAGCCGAAGGAAAAUAAUGAAAAUGAAAAAGCAAAUGAAGCGGAAAAGGCAAACGAUGACGCGGCUGAUAAAGAAGUGGAGAAAGUCAAUGAAAACUCUGAGAAUCAUGAUAAAGAGGAUGAGGAAAAAGGCGAAGGCGACAGCGAAAAGGCGAAAGAUGAUACAAAGAAGGAAUCUAAUAAAGAGAAAGGUGAUGUAAGUAAAACAAAUGACAAUGAUGACAAAACAAAAGAUGAUGACAAAACAGAACUUGAGAGCGACAAGGAUGAAAGUAAAAAAUCUAAGGAGAGCGAGAAAAAUAGCGAUAAGUCUAAAGAUAAUAAAAAUAAAGAGAAAGGUAAGGAGGAAGCUAAGAAUGGGAAGGAUAAGGGUCCAAAGGGGGACAAGAGGAAAGAGAAAGGGAGUGAGAAGGAACAAUCGGUGGAGAAAGAGAAGGUAGAUGUGGACGAGCCCAGGGCCAAGCGGUCGAGAGAGAGCAAGAAGACUGAGCCACCGCCGCGGUCGCCGGCCAAAAGGAAGUCCCGGUCCUAAGCCGCUUACAACUUUAGCGGAAUUAUUCUCACCACCCCGGUGGCCACUUGACACCUCUUGCACAAACACCAC